GAGCUGUGGUCAGGGAUGGAGCAGAGCAGAAGCCGAGGUGCUCACCCAAGCCCCAGGCCCGGUGAGGUGGCUACAAAUGGAGCCGGGUCUUGGACCUGUCUCUUCAUGGACUCCGAGACCUGCUCUUCUCUGGAAGCCAGGGAACAAGCCACAAAGCACGGAGCGCUGGCAAUCAUUAACCGCCCGUUCAAGGGGGCGGGGAGGGCGGUCCGCACCCUUUAUAAGGCGCGCGCGGCUCCCGGAGAGCAUCGGCUACCUCGCAAGCACCGGCUCCGUAGCCACCGCUCUCAAGCGCACCAGCGUCCGUCCGCCGCACCUGCUCAAACGAUGCCUGAGGUCCCCGCUGCCUGCGCCUGGCCGCUUCUGCUCCUGCUGGCCCUGCAGCUGGGCGCGGCCGCUGGCGCCCCCCAGCCAUGGCACUGCGCGCCCUGCUCCCCCGAGAAGCUUGCUCUCUGCCCCCCGGUGCCCGACUCCUGCGCUGAGCCCGCCCCGCCCGCCAGCUGCGGCUGCUGCCCGAUGUGCGCCCUGCCAGAGGGCUCCGCCUGUGGAGUGGCCACUGCACGCUGCGCCACCGGGCUCAGCUGCCGAGCGCUGCCAGAGGAGCCCCGGCCGCUGCACGCCCUCAUCCGCGGCCAAGGCGUCUGCGGGCCCAGUGAUCCCGCUGCAGAUGCCAAGGAGUCCUCGGAGAGCUCGGAGAUCACCCAGGAGCAGCUCCUGGAGAAUUUCCAUCUGAUGGCCCCAUCUGAGGAGGACAUGCCCGUCCCCUGGAAUGCAGUCAGUAGUUACAGGAUCAUGAGAGCUGGGUAUGCCUCGGACACAGACUCCGACAAGUUGAAGGAGCCUUGCCGGCGAGAGCUCCACAGGAUACUGGCACAACUGGCGGAGGAACAUCAGUCGCCUAGGCAUCUUAACAAUUUCUACCUGCCCAACUGCAACAAGAAUGGAUUCUAUCACAGCAGACAGUGUCGGACGGCCACGGACGGCCAGCGAGGGGUCUGCUGGUGUGUCUACCCCUGGAGCGGGGAGAGGAUCCCGGGGUCCGUGGAGGUCAGAGGCGACCCCAACUGCAAUCAAUAUUUUGCAAUGCACAGCUGAGAGCAUGUGCCCUGUCAUCUGUCCCUUCACAGGAAAUAUUUAAGUACAUAGCAUAUUUAUAGUCUAGAAAUCAUUCACACUUAUCUAUCUAUAUAUAUAUGUAUAUGUGUGGGAACCACUUUUAUACGCCACAUACUGGUGGACACAUAUAUCUGUAGUUUAUUUAUUCACUGUACAUGUAUUUUCUCGACACAGUCCCUGUGCUGUGUUACUUUGUAAAUCAUGAAACUUGUCACGUUGCACUGGGUGUAAAUAUUGAUUUGUAGCUCCUUAAAGCUCCCUGCCUCGGGUUCUAACGAGCAGGGAGAAAUAAAGCCUGGAAAAUGCAGA